AAUAAAAUGCAAACACGGAAUACCAUGAACACCAUGCGAGACAAAAUGAAAAGUAUUCUCAUUGCAUUGUAGCAUCAAACAGUACUUAUACUGAAAAGCACUUAUAUUAUAAAAAUGCAUUAUUUUAUUGCAUUAUUAAUGUGUUUAUUUAUAAACGAGAUUAGAAGCGAAAAAUGUACGUCUUUCCAACAAAAAAUUAUUACAAAAAUUCCUGAGAAAUUAGCUAAUGUGAUUAAUAAUACAUUUGGAAGUAUAAUAAAUAGAGUUCUAAAUAAAGAUAAAUCUAUAAUUGAAAGUAUAUAUGAGAAAUAUAUAAACGCAUCGAAUACUGAAGAUAAAAAUCUGAACAUAACACAGUUAUUAAAUAAAUAUGGUUAUCCUGUGGAACAACAUGAGGUGACUACCAGCGAUGGAUACAUACUGACUAUGUUCCGAAUACCUAAUAAUGGACCACCAGUAUUAUUAAUGCAUGGUGCUCUUAGUAGCUCUGAUGACUUUCUAACGAUUGGCUCUAAUAGUGGACUUGGAUACCUUCUAGCUGAUGCAGGUUACGACGUUUGGUUGGGUAACGCCAGAGGCAACCAACAUUCCCGACGUCACAUCACCCUGUCGCCAUCCUGCGCCGAAUUCUGGGACUUCAGCUGGGACGAGCACGGUCGGUAUGAUCUGCCAGCUAAAAUCGAUUACAUUUUAAACAAAACUGGUGAAGAGCAAUUGAUAUUCGUAAGUCAUUCUAUGGGUUCCACUAUGUAUUUCGUAUGUUGUUCUUCAUUGCCUGAAUACAAUGCAAAGAUAAAACUAAUGGUAGCACUAUCCGCAGUGGCAUUCAAUAUUGGAAGUCCGUUACUUAGAAUAUUUUCACCGGCCAAUCCUGUUUUGACGGAACUCGCGAAAGCAGUGGGAUUAUACGAACUUUUACCGAGGAACGCGUUACUGCAAUAUUUAACAGAUACUUUCUGCGGAACCCCUGCUACAGCUACGUUAGUCUGUGGUAACAUACUGUUUCUGUUUGCUGGCGCUGAUUACUCUCAAGUUAACGCUACUGCAUUGCCAGUAAUUUUCGGUCAUUAUCCCGCAGGGAUGGGUACUAAAGUAGCCUUGCAUUACGGACAGUUGGCGUUAACAGGAAAAUUUUCACGUUACGAUUAUGGAUUUUUUGAAAACUUAAUAAUGUAUGGUUCAUUAACUCCUCCUGAUUAUGAAUUAGAUAAAAUCACUUCUCCCGUUGCAAUAUAUUAUGCAACUAAAGAUAGAGUCACGCCUCAAGCGAGUGUCGAUGCCAUAAGUAGCAGAUUAGGCAACGUAGUUAAACUGACCAGAGUUCCCUAUGACGAUUUCUCUCACGCUGAUUUUUUGUUUGCUAGAGAUGUUAAGGAAUUAUUGUAUGACGAUGUUUUGGACUUGAUUUAUAAAUACAGUCAACCCUGAUCUCAAUAAUUUUUUAGACAAAUAUUUUGUUUAUAUUUUAAUUUUUUUUUUUUGUAAUGUGUAUAAACUUAUUGGCGUUAUUAUGAUUAA